GCGGCUCGUUUCGCGUCACCGAAAAGGAUGAGAAUAAGUAUAACGAGAAACUGGAAAAAGCCAAGUCUAUGGCCACCCGUCACCUCAUACUCGUCCGUCACGGGCAGUACAACCUGAGCGGCGAGACAGACAUCCUCAGGACACUGACACCGCUGGGCAGAGACCAGGCCUAUCACGUGGGGCUGCGGCUCAAAGACCUGGCGCUGCCCUACACUCGUAUCAUACAGUCAACGAUGACCAGAGCCACACAGACGGCCAACAUCAUUAGCCAACACUUGCCUAAUAUUCCUGUCGACAGCUGUCACUUCAUCCGCGAGGGAUCGCCCAUACAGCCCGACCCGCCUGUCCACCACUGGAGACCAGAGCCCAAGCAGUUCUUCGAAGACGGCGCCAGAAUCGAGGCUGCGUUCCGGAAGUACUUCCAUAGAGCCGAUCCCACGCAGAAGAAGGACAGCUACGAGAUAAUGGUUUGUCACGCGAAUGUGAUCCGAUAUUUCGUAUGCCGUGCCCUCCAGUUCCCGCCCGAAGCAUGGCUUCGGUUUUCGUUACACAACUGCAGUCUCACGUGGAUUGCCAUCAGACCCAGUGGUCGGGUAGUUGUCUACACCGUGGGAGACAUCGGUCACGUGCCGCCCAACAAAAUGACCACUACUUAG